AGUCCCCCACUAGUUCGUCUUCAGGAGCUAAUUCCUCGCUUCUUCUUCUUUGGCUAGGUUACAAACUUUAUUAUGGAGAACCUUCGUGAAGCUUUCAAAACGCGACUUGAACUACGUUGGACCAAUUGAAGUCGACUGCUGGCAGUGAGAGCCGUUUCAGGAGAAGAAAACAAUAUUGAUGCUGCCGCGCACGCCCAUUCAUCGGCGCGCAUCUCGACCAGCGUUCUGAUGAAACCAACGUCGAUUUUGCUUCUGAAAAGAUAGAAAGGGCACAGCGCCCUUUGUUUGCAGAAAAAAAUGGGAAUCUGCGGAGUGCAACAAGUCGAUCGCUGCUGGCAUAUGGCUGCUAUUGCCUUCGCUGCCCAGCUGCUGAUGUCGUUCUCCGACCGGUGCUCGGGGUUCUUGUAUGUGGGCUACAUGGACGUCUACCAGGUCGACCGACAGCAGGCUGGCUGGCCACAAAGCGUCGCUUUCAUUGUCAACUUCUCGGCAGGUUUGCUCGUCUCGGGACUUCAAGUGUACCUUUCACUUACGAGCAUCGCAGUGCUUGGAGCCUUUUUGACGUGGACAGGACCUAUUGCUGCAAGUUUUGCCAAGGACGUAACUACGGUCACAGCAUGCAUGGGAUUCAUCCACGGACUCGGAUCAGGAAUCUUCUUCGUGGCUAUUUCGAUCUCCCUAAUGAUGCACUUUGAUCGAUAUCGGGGCAUCACCAGCGGCAUAAAGAACCUCGGUGGUACGGCAGCCUCCGUCGCGUUUCCUAACGUGAUGCUCUUCAUCCAAGGCCUUUACGGUUUCAGAGCUUGUCUCCUUCUAUACGGAGGACUCGCAAUGCACCUCACAGCUCUUGGUAUGCUUACAAAGGAACCACCUUGGAUUAAUCGGAGUUGCCCCACAGCCAGAUUCCAAGAAACGUACGGUGACAAUGUCAAAGUGCGUGAGGAGAGCGCCCUGGACACUUUGGACGAAGGAAUGAGCGACCGUCUUAACGCAGCUAACAACUCAAGGAAAUCGCCUGCCAAGCAGAGAAUGGACAUUGGAAAGCUUUUCGUGAAUCCCGUGUUUUAUGUGAUAGUCUUGUCCGGCGUGAUCGGUUAUUACACUCGCGCGCCAGGCGUACUUGGUGGAAGCCUGAAGUUGCGUCCAACUCGAGAAAACGCGUGCGUCACCGAGAAGUCCGAGGGUUUGGUCGACGGUCGGGAGUACGUGGCGUUCACGCAGAACGACUUGGUUGAGUUUGGUCAAAUCAACGCACAGGCGGUAACCCCCCGCUGGCUUCGGGACGACGACAGUCCCGCGCACCAGUCCGUCGGUUCGUCGACGCACCGGAUCACGCCCCUGCGGCUCCAUCUUGUCGAGCUCCUUUUUGACUACGUCUCGUAG